AUGAGCAUCCUUGGGACCCCAACCGUGUUCCUCCAUGGACAGGCGGCGAACAAGUUCGUCUUCACUUGCGACAGCAACAUUCUUGCCACUCAGCAACCAUCUUCGAUAAGAAGGGUUUGCGGUGAGAAGAAUAUCCUAGAAUUAAGUGGCCAUGAGCACAAGCGUGUGAGAGGAGCGCUCUUAUCGUUCUUAAAGCCUGAAGUUUUAAGGGAAUAUGUUAGUAAGAUGGAUGAAGAAAUUAGAAAACAUUUUGAGAUGCAUUGGCGUGGCAAGAACAAGGUUUUGGCAAUGCCAUCUAUGAAGACCCUUACCUUCAACGUUAUGAGCUCCCUUUUAAUUGGAAUAGAGCAAGGUGCAAAAAGAGACGUACUACUUGACCUCUUCCAUCAAAUACUGGAGGGUGUUUUCUCAGUACCAAUCAAUUUGCCUUUCACACGCUUCAAUCGGAGCCUACAAGCAAGUGCAAAAAUCAGAACGAUCCUAAUGGAUCUUAUUCAAGAAAAAAGGGCUGCAUUAGAGCAUGCAACUGCCUUUCCUCAACAAGAUCUUAUCACGAGCUUGCUUAGUCUCCGAAAUGAAGACAAUUCAGUAGUAUUAUCUGAUGAGGAGAUUGUUGAUUCACUUGUGUUUAUAAUGAUAGCAGGCUAUGAUACAACUUCAAACCUUCUCAGUUUCUUGAUCAGAAUUUCAGCCGAUGAUCCAUCUGUUUAUGCCAGUAUGAUUCAAGAACAAGAGGAGAUUGCCAAGAGUAAGGCCUGUGGUGAGCUUUUAACAUGGGAUGAUCUUGCAAGAAUGAAAUGCACAUGGAGAGUUGCAAUGGAGUCUCUAAGGAUGACCCCUCCUGUGUUUACUUUCUUUAGGAAAGUUCUAAAAGAUUUUGAAUACAAAGGAUACCUGAUUCCCAAAGGAUGGCAGGUAAUGUUGUCACCCUGCAUGACACAUAUGGAUGACAAUAUAUUCCCAGAUGCAUCCAAGUUUGAUCCCGAACGUUUCGAGAUACAAGGAUCAGUCCCUCCAUAUAGUUUCGUGGCAUUCGGAGGAGGGCCUAGAAUAUGUCCUGGAAAUGAAUUUGCAAGAAUUGAAACUCUUAUUACAAUACAUUACCUGGCGAACAGGUUCUCAUGGAAGCUCUGUCGCCCAGGGAUUUCUUUUUCCAGAGAGCCGGGCUUUCCAAUUUUCAAGGAUGGACUAGAGAUAGAAAUUGAACCGAAGAUCCCCGAGCAAAAAAUUAUGAAUAAAGGACCAAGUAAAAAUAUUAAUUUUGAGCUUCAUUAUCCAAUGGCCAAUGUUCUACUGUUAAGACGCGUGGCCUAUUCAAGAGGUGAGCUUAAAGCUCGUACACAGGCACAUGGUGGGCUUCUACCUAAGCUGGACCAUGAGCGAUCAUCGAACCCCACUCCCACGUGA